CAUUUAUAAAGAAUUUAUCGAGUUCAUUAAAAAAAUAAAUAGCUAUCUUAAGAUGAAACACUAUAUAUCCAUUGUUAAUCAGGAAUGGAAUGUUGGUAUCCUGUAUAUUUGACUGUGAUAUGUGGUUGUCUCACCUUGAUAUCUUAAGAUGAAUGCACUUACUGUAAAUCACUCUGGAUAAGAGCAUCUGCUUAAUCAGGGGUUCUCAAUCCGGGGUCUGUGGAGGUACUGUAGGGGUUCUCAAUCCGGGAUCUGUGGAGGUACUGCAGGGGUUCUCAAUCCGGGGUCUGUGGAGGUACUGCAGGGGUUCUCAAUCCGGGGCCUGUGGAGGUACUGCAGGGGUUCCACGGCACCCUGACUGUACUCGUUUCAAUGUCUUUGGCAUAACCAAUCCAGCAGGAGAGACCAGCCUCCCCUGUUCCCAGCUGUGUGUCCAUGAAGAGUGACCAGUCUAUGGAUCCUCCUCUAAACUUUAGAGAGGGAGACUUUUCUACUGAACAAAGACCAAUCAAGCAGGAGAGACCAGCCUCCCCUGUUCCCAGCUGUGUGUCCAUGAAGAGUGACUGGUCUAUGGAACUUCCUCUAAACUUUAGAGAGGGAGACUUUUCUACUGAACAAAGAAACCAACAGGAGAGAUCAGAGUCAGAGAUUCUCAGUGGUCAGUCUUCCCAGAGUCAUCAAACAGACCUGGCCUCCAUAUUCAGUAUGCUUGAAGAGAAAAUUAUGACAUUUGUGAAGAACGAGCUGAAGAUAUUCAAGAGGAUUCUUAGUCCAGAACUCCCAGAAGGCUUUGAGAGUCAGAAGCAGGAUAAGGAAGUGGUGGAUGCUGAAGAUGAGCAGCAGGAGAGCAGUGCCAGAGAGGGGGCUCUGAAGAUCACACUGCACAUCCUGAGGAAAAUGAACCAGAAGGAGCUUGCUGACACACUGGAGAAAUAUUCAGAUGAGCUUGCUGUGAUUUGCCAACGUGAAAUCAAAUCUAAUCUAAAGAAGAAGUUUCAAUGUGUAUUUGAGGGGAUCGCUAAACAAGGAAACCCAACACUUCUCAAUAAGAUCUACACAGAGCUCUACAUCACAGAGGGUGGAACAGGAGAGGUCAAUAAUGAACAUGAGCUGAGACAGAUUGAGACCACAACCAGGAAACAAGCAAGACCAGAGACUGCAAUCAAAUGUAACGACAUCUUCAAACCCUUAACUGGACAAGACAAACAUAUCAGAACUGUGCUGACAAAGGGAGUCGCUGGCAUUGGAAAAACAGUCUCUGUGCAGAAGUUCAUUCUGGACUGGGCUGAAGGAAAAGCAAAUCAGGAUGUCCAAUUUGUAUUUUCAUUCCCUUUCCGGGAGCUGAAUUUGAUGAAAGGUGAAAAUCUCACUUUCAUUGAACUUCUCAAUCACUUCUCAAUGGAAACCAAACAAUCAAGAAUCUCCAACUACGACAAGUACAAAGUUAUUUUCAUCUUUGAUGGUCUGGAUGAGUGCCGACUGCCCCUAGACUUCCAGAAGAACAAGAUCUGUUGGGACGUCACAGAGUCAACCUCAGUGGAUGUUCUGCUGACAAAUCUCAUCAAGGGAAAUCUGCUUCCCUCUGCUCUCCUCUGGAUAACUACCCGACCUGCAGCAGCCAAUAAGAUCCCUUCAGGAUGUGUUGACCAGGUGACAGAGGUACGAGGGUUCAAUGACCCACAGAAGGAGGAGUACUUCAGGAAGAGAUUCAGUGAUGAGGACCUGGCCAGCAGAAUCAUCUCACACAUAAAGACAUCAAGGAGCCUCCACAUCAUGUGCCACAUUCCAGUCUUCUGUUGGAUUUCUGCAACAGUCCUUGAACACAUGUUGAGUACAGACAAGAGAGAAGAGAUGCCCAAGACUCUGACUGAGAUGUACACACACCUUGUGGCGUUUCAUACCAAACAGAAGAAUGAAAAGUAUCUUGGGAAAGAAGAGACAGGUCCACACUGGAAUAAAGAGAGCAUUCUGUCACUGGGAAAACUGGCUUUUCAACAGCUUGUGAAGGGCAAUCUGAUUUUCUAUGAAGAAGACCUGAAAGAGUCUGGCAUUGAUGUCAACGAAGCCUCAGUGUACUCAGGAUUGUGCACACAGCUCUUUAAAGAGGAAUGUGGGCUGUACCAGGACAAGGUGUACUGCUUUGUUCAUCUGAGCAUUCAGGAGUUUCUGGCUGCUGUAUAUGUGUUCCUCUCAUUCAUCAACAACAAUGAGAAUGUAAUGGACAAACCGCAAGCAAAGUCCAUUAUCUUUUCUCUGCUGUUCAAUGACAAUCCUGAAUUUACUGUCUACAGGAGUGCUGUGGAUAAAGCCUUACAAAGUGAGACGGGAAACCUGGACCUUUUCCUCCGCUUCCUUCUGGGCCUCUCACUGGAGUCCAAUCAGAAGCACUUACGAGGUCUACUGACAAAGACAAGAAGCUGCUCACAGAGCCAUGAAGAAACAGUCAAGUACAUCAAGGAGAAGAUCAGGGAGAAUCCCUCUCCAGAGAGGAGCAUCAAUCUGUUCCACUGUCUGAAUGAACUGAAUGACCAUUCUCUAGUGGAGGAGAUCCAAAGCUACCUGAGAUCAGGAAGUCUCUCAAAACCCAACCUGUCACCUGCACAGUGGUCGGCUCUGGUCUUUGUGUUGCUGACUUCAGAAAAGGAGCUGGAUGUGUUUGACCUGAAGAAAUACUCCAGAUCAGAGGAAGGUCUUCUGAGGCUGCUGCCAGUGGUCAAAGCCUCCAGAGCUGCUCUGCUGUCAGGCUGUGGAGUCACAGAGGAAGGCUGUGCUUCUCUGGUCUCAGCUCUGGAGUCAAACCCCUCACACCUGAGAGAGCUGGACCUGAGUAACAAUGACCUGAAGGAUUCAGGAGUGGAGCUGCUCUCUGCUGGACUGGGGAAUCCACACUGUAAACUGGAGACUCUGAGGCUGUCAGUCUGUCUAGUCACAGAGGAAGGCUGUGCUUCUCUGGUCUCAGCUCUGAGGUCAAACCCCUCACACCUGAGAGAGCUGGACCUGAGUAACAAUGACCUGAAGGAUUCAGGAGUGAAGCUGCUCUCUGCUGGACUGGGGAAUCCCCACUGUAAACUGGAGACUCUGAGGCUGUCAGGCUGUGGAGUCACAGAGGAAGGCUGUGCUUCUCUGGUCUCAGCUCUGGAGUCAAACCCCUCACACCUGAGAGAGCUGGACCUGAGCUACAAUCACCCAGGAGACUCAGGAGUCAGACUGCUCUCUGCUGGACUGGAGGAUCCACACUGCAGACUGGAGAAACUCAAUGUGGAACAUGGUGGAGAGAACAGAAUUAAACCUGGACUUAGAAAAUAUGUCUGUGAUCUCACACUGGACCCAAACACAGUAAACAGACGCCUCUCUCUGUCUGAGGAGAACAGAAAGGUGACAUGUAGGACAGAGGAGCAGCCGUAUCCUGAUCACCCAGAGAGAUUUGAGGACUGUGGACAGGUGCUGUGUAGAGAGGGUCUGACUGGGCGCUGUUACUGGGAGGUAGAGUGGAGUGGGGGAAGGGCUGCUAUUGGAGUAACAUAUAAAGGAAUCAGCAGGAGAGGAGGGGUUAAGAACUGUUGUCUUGGAUACAAUGACAAGUCCUGGAGUCUGUUCUGCUCUGACCACAGUUACAUUGCCUGGCACAAUAGUAAUCCCACUACCAUAGACGUCCCCUCCUCCAGCCCCCACAGAGUAGGAGUGUAUCUGGACUGGCCAGCCGGCACUCUGUCCUUCUAUAGAGCCUCCUCUGACACACUGACCCACCUGAUCACAUUCACCUCCACAUUCACUGAGCCCCUCUAUCCAGGGUUUAGGGUUUGUUGGGAAGGCGACUCAGUGUCCCUCUGUAAAUAAUAACACACUUGACAAAAACACACACACACACACACUGGACACACACACACACACACACUGGACACACACACACACACACACUGGACACACACACACACACACACACACACACGCACAUACUGGACACACACACACACACACUGGACACACACACACACACACACACACACACACACACACACACACACACACACAGUGGACACACACACACAGGACACACACACACUCUGGACACACACACACAUGACAAAUACACACACUCUGGAUACACACACACUGGACAAAUACACACACACACUGGACACACACACACUGGACAAACAAACUCUGGACAAGUACACACACACACACACACAGGACAAACACACACACUCUGGAUACACACACACUGGACAAAUACACACUAGACACACACACACUGGACAAACAAACUCUGGACAAGUACACAAGUACACACACACAUACACAGUGGACACACACACACACACAGGACAAACACACACACACACUGGACACACACACAC